AUGGCCGCUGUCGCCCCCAACGCCCCCACGGGCGCGGGCAUCUCGGACAAGUCGUUCAACGACAAGGGCAAGCCUACCGAGGUCCGUCUGUCGAACAUGAAUGCUGCCAAGGCCGUUGCCGACGCCGUGCGCACUUCGCUUGGUCCCAAGGGCAUGGACAAGAUGAUUACCACCAGCACUGGCGAGGUUGUCAUUACCAACGACGGUGCUACCAUUCUCCAGCACAUGGCCGUCCUCCACCCUGCUGCCCGCAUGCUCGUCGAGCUCUCCAAGGCGCAGGACAUUGAGGCCGGUGACGGAACCACCAGUGUCGUUGUCCUUGCCGGUAGUCUGCUGUCUGCUGCUGAGAAGCUCCUCACCCAGGGCAUCCACCCGACCACAAUAGCACAGGCCUUCCAGGGCGCGGCUUCCAAGGCUGUCGAGUUCCUGGAGCAGAUGUCCACCCCGGUCGACCUCAACGACCGUGACGCCCUCCUCCGUGCUGCGUCGACCUCGCUCAACUCGAAGAUUGUCUCGCAGUACUCGUCCAUCCUCGCCCCCAUUGCCGUCUCGGCUGUCACCCGUCUCGUCAACGCGGCCUCGUCCAACGUUGACCUCCGUGACAUUCGUAUCGUCAAGAAGGUCGGCGGUACCAUUGAGGACACUGAGCUCGUCGAGGGCGUCGCCCUCAACCAGACCGCCAUUUCCAACGCCGGCGGCCCCGUUCGCAUGGAGAAGGCCAAGAUCGGUCUUAUCCAGUUCCAGCUCUCGUCGCCCAAGCCCGACAUGGACAACCAGAUCGUCGUCAACGACUACCGCCAGAUGGACAAGAUUCUCAAGGAGGAGCGCCAGUACCUGCUCAACCUCUGCAAGAAGAUUAAGAAGACUGGCUGCAACGUUCUCCUCGUGCAGAAGUCGAUCCUGCGCGACGCCGUCACCGACCUCUCGCUCCACUUCCUCGCAAAGCUCAAGAUCAUGGUCAUCAAGGACAUUGAGCGCGACGAGAUUGAGUUUAUCGCCAAGUCGACCGGCGCCAAGCCCGUCGCUGACAUUGAGGCCUUUACCGAGGACAAGCUCGGUGUCGCUGACCUCGUCGAGGAGGCCACUCUCCCCAGCGGCGGCUCCAAGGUUGUCAAGGUGACCGGCGUCAAGAACCCUGGAAAGACCGUCUCGGUCAUUUGCACCGGCGCCAACGCCCUCGUCCUCGAGGAGUCGGAGCGUUCGCUCCACGACGCCCUCUGUGUCGUCCGCUGCCUCGUCAAGAAGCGUGCCCUCAUUGUUGGCGGCGGUGCCCCCGAGAUCCACGUCUCGCGUCUCUUGACCCAGUACGCCCAGACCCUCACCGGCAAGGAGGCCUACUGCUACGCCGCCUUUGCCGAGGCCCUCGAGAUCAUCCCCACCACUCUCGCCGAGAACGCUGGUCUCAACCCCAUCGCCAUUGUCACCGAGCUCCGCAACAAGCACGCCCUUGGUGACGCCAACGCGGGCAUCAACGUCAAGAAGGGUAUCAUCUCGAACAUUGACGCCGAGGGUGUCGUGCAGCCCCUGCUUGUUUCGACCUCUGCUCUCGAGCUCGCCACUGAGACGGUCUCUCUUCUGCUGAGAAUCGAUGACAUCUCAUUUUCCCGCUGA